GCUGCAGACUGAUAGAGACCGAGAGGAGGAGAGAGCAGAGACCAGCAGCACAAGGCGGCAGCACGUCUGUCUCUAUCUGUCGCCUCUUGGAUCUCCCUGAGCACAGCUGCCAGGCUGCUGCCGACUGCAAGUUGAUCCUCUCGCUCGGUGACUGUGUGAGGGAGCGCCUGAGUGCGCAGUACGCACCAGAGUUUCCCAGUGGCUAUGCACAAGUCUGUGUUUAGCCUUUUCUGGUAAUGGUACUGCCACACAUGGGUGAAGGUUUGGCCAUCUUCGCUCUGGAUUUGACUCAACACCCAUGAUCCCAAGCCAAGUCUGGCAUACCCUCUCAUUAAGAUGGGAAAUGCCUCAGAAACAUUUCUGCUCAUGUCCAGAAUAUCAAAAGACAAUGACAUCUUCAUGGGAACUAUCUAUACCAUUUUUGGUGUGCUGUCAGUGCUGGGGAAUGGGAUCCUGCUGUUUGUGGCCUAUAGAAAGAAGUCCUCCCUGAAGCCAGCAGAGUUCUUUGUGGUUAACCUGGCAAUCAGUGACCUGGGCAUGACCAUCACCCUGUUCCCACUGGCUAUCCCCUCAGCCUAUGCUCACAUGUGGCUGUUCAAUAAGACAGCCUGUACUGUCUACGCCUUCUGUGGCGUUUUGUUUGGUCUGUGCAGUCUAACCAACCUCACAGUGCUCUCCUGUGUCUGCUGGCUCAAAGUCUGCUGCCCAAACUAUGGUAACAAGUUUUCAUACUGCCACGCCUACUUCCUGGUCGCUGGCGUCUGGUGCUACGCUGGAGUCUUUGCUGUAGGUCCCCUGUCGGGCUGGGGAGAGUACGGGGCAGAGCCUUACGGUACAGCAUGCUGCAUCAACUGGCAUGCGCCCAGCCAAAACCCUGCAGCUAUGAGCUACAUCAUCUGCCUCUUCUUCUUCUGCUACAUCGUGCCCUGCACUGUCAUCUUCCUUUCCUACACAUACAUCCUGCUGACCGUCCGGGGUUCCCGCCAGGCUGUGCAGCAGCAUAUGUCCCCACAGAACAAAAUCACCAAUGCACAUGCACUUAUCAUUAAGCUUUCCGUGGCAGUUUGCAUCGGUUUCCUGACAGCAUGGAGUCCAUAUGCUAUUGUGUCCAUGUGGGCAGCGUUUGGUAACCCAGCAACUGUACCACCCAUGGCUUUCGCUCUGGCAGCUAUCUUUGCCAAGUCCUCCACCCUUUACAACCCUAUUGUCUAUCUGGUUUUCAAGCCCAACUUCCGCAAGUUCCUGUGUCGGGAUGUGGCCCAGUGCAGAACGACACUCUGUGGAUGUCUGUUUCACCACGGCUCUGCACAGAAGGGAACUUGCAGGCAGUCUCAUGGCAAAGAAGAAUGCAACUCUACAAGGCUGUCCAAUGGGCUACCAGAUAACCACAGGAGCUGCAGGCACUGUCCUUGCCCUGAAACAGUCACCGGUGCCAGAGAAAACCUUACAGACUACAGCCCCCAGCAGACUGCCAGGAUACUUAAAGGAUCACUGCACAGUGAGGUGGCUGUCAGUCAGCUCUCCAAUGAGAUGCAGAGCGAUUUCCUCUAGAGAAGCCAACACAGCAAGAGACUGAGAAGGUGUAAAAAAUUAGAGGGGACAUUUUUUUUUAAAUGGUAAAAAUGAAAGUUGAAAGACACUAAUUGCAAGUUAGGGAAAACUGAAACUGUAAUUAAAAACGAAAAGAUCAAGAAUGGAUUGAAGGAAAAAUGUUAUAACUCUGAAGGUCAAAACUAAGAACUUGUUUCAUGCCUCAAAUAUGUGAUACUGCCAAAAAAAACAUAUGACUACAAAGGUAGAAGCCAAAACUGAGGGAUAAGUGAGCCAAUCAGCCAACAUGCAACCACAGAUGUGUACAUCAAUAUUUCAUCAGGUCAAGUUAACUUGCAUCAAUAACUACCUGCUCAACAUAAAGCAAACAGGACUGAGAAUCAAUGCAAAUCAAUUCAGGCUGGAUUUACGGGGAGGAGCUGAUAUUGAAAUGUUGUACUCCUUAAACUACCUUUUAUGUAUUUAUUACAAGUACUGUAUUUGAUGAUGUAUUUGAUGUUAUACGUAUUUAUUCAUGCAUGUCUCAAACUGAAGGACCACAGGGUUGCAGUUGUUAUUUAAUAGUAAAUUAGUAAUGGCUCUUCAUUCCUGAAGAUAAAUGACAAAAGGUUUAAACUAAGCCCCAAUUACAGUGUGUCAGCCUCCACAUUCCUCUUCAUGAACCAGACCUGUUGUGAGGUUAAGAACAAAGCACUGAGGCUUAGUGAGCUCUUUGUUGCAUGUGUAAAAAUGAAUGUGGACAUAUUACCGCAGGGCUGAUGUAUUGAUCCUCUGCAAAGAGGAGUUGCCAAUGCCAAUUUUGCCUAAUUGUCCAGGAUAAAGGGCAUGACUUAAUUAUAGAAGCAGAAGACUUUGUAUAUCCAAAUUUGUAACACUCAAUAAGGUCUUUUUCUCUCCCAAUAUACUUUAUUUGGAUACCUCAAGGCAAAAAUGUUGAAGAUGGCAACAGAAGAACAGUUUGAGCAUCUAAUCAAAAUGUAAAGUUUCUGAAGACCAGUGUGAAAUAAGCCACACAUUUCUAAUUGAACAAAACAUUUGUAGCAUUGGGAGAGACAGUAUAUAAAUGUCAACUUUUUUUUUUUUUUUUUUUGCGAGAAAGUAAUACAACAGUAAUAAUCAGAUGUUAAUUAAAUGUCUUGUUCAUUUUUAUCUAACAGAAACAAAAUCUUUAUCUACAACAGCAGGGUUGUAGUUGUGCGGUUGUUUUAGGCCAUGAUAUAAAAUCUGUGUUUGUAAAGCAGAGGUGGCUUUUAUUAACAUGCUGGACAAGGAAGAUCAGAAGGGGAGAGAGCUUUUCAAAUAGUGACAUCUGAUAUUUUCAAGGAGGCUGAUCAGGUACAAUCAGGAAGUUAUGUCAUCUUAAAAAAGAAAAAAAAAAAAAGACCACUGCAGCAGUCUGAAACAGAAGGAAUUUUUUUUUUUUUUUUUUUUACAGCUUGGAUCUUAAUCUCAUAUUUCUAGUUAUUUAGUAAGCAUUUCAUUGGUUACAAUGAAAAUGUGCUCACUAAUCUAAUUGCUGAGAUUUGUAAACAGCAACAUGGCUACAACAAAGUCUGACAAGGCAUGAAAUGAAUAUUUGGACGAUUAACAGGUUGUAAACACACCAAUAUUUUACCCAGAUUACUGUUGUGUCUAAACUGCUUUAUUUUUAAGACAAAGUGCAUGUGUAAAGCAGAUAACAAUGCUUAAUUGCAGAGGAAAACUGUGAGUGCAUGCGGUUUAGGUAAAUUCAGUUGGUCAAAGGUGCCUCAAGGUCUGUCAGUAAACUGUGAUGGAUGUUUACAAAGGACAUUUGGGGAAAUAAAUGUUGCCUUUAUUUCCUCUUUUAAAACAAGUUUGACUGUUCUGGGGCUCUGUUCAAAACCUGUAGGAGGUCGAACCUUAUUCCAGCUUUCAUCAGAUUACUUCCAAGCUCAAUUGCCACAAUAGUAGAUUGAAUUUUACCAACAGCAGUGAGGGCCAAACCUAUUAAAAGAAGCCAAAUUGUAAUAAACUGGAAUUAUCUUUUUGAAAUUGCUCAGAUAACCUUUAGUGAAGCUUGUUUGUGUGUGUGCAUGAAAGCGAGAGAAAGAAAUAUUGUGUGAUUUAUUUAUACUGUAUGUGUGCGUAUUUUUCUAAUGUGCCUCUGUGAGCAUGUGCUGUCAUGGGCAGAAGUACAAGUGUGCAGUUCCUCAGAGAAACUAACAGUGUAUCAGCAAAUUAUUUUGGGUCUGACGCACAAAAAAUAAAAACAACAACAACAAAAAAGAGAACGCUGAAAUGGGCAUAUUAAACAUGUUCCUCAAUCCAUUAAAACAAAAGAGGAGAAAUUAACUUUAUCUCUAUGCGUGGAUUUAGUGCUGCUCUUGACUCUGAAAACAGAGGGGCAGUUGUUCAAUAAAAAGACAUGAAAGACACAAGGCUGUGCCUCAGCACCUGCUAAAAUUAUACCAAUAAAAAUAUGCCCAGCGAGCAUAGUUGAGCUUAACCGCAGUGUUUGUCCAUCAAGCAGUUUUAGCGUUUUUCCCCAGGCAGCAUAGGUCAUCAAAUGGAAGUACAAAAAAACCUGCCAUGGACAAAAUUAAUUAGCUCUGCUCAAGCACAUGUUGUGGUUGACUGGUGUGUCUUUCAUGCUAUGUCAUGAUUCCUUUCUUUACCACGGUGAGAGGAAGGAUUGCAGUUCCUUGCAGUUUUAACACAAUACCUGACUGUAAAAGCAGUUCCCAUUUCGUUCUCUCGCCUCAUCAUAAAAUAAUUUGCUUUAAGUCAUGCAAAACAACCAAGUUAGCACGUGGUAUGUUUUCUGCUGCUUGGCUGCAAUCCUCAAAUUACUCCUCCAACAUUGGUAGUUACGUCUGCGUGUUGAAGAAAAUGAUACCAAACCACCACUGCCACCUGAACUAAUACCCCACUUGGGGUUUUCGCAAAACAAGUAGCCCUGGGCUAAGACCCUUGUUAGUUCAGGGCUUACUGAAGCGUUAGCUAUGGGCUUGGGCCGUGUUCAGACCAAUAUUAGCACUGCAUGAAAAAAAAAAAAAACAUAGCCCGCUCCUUCAUUUCAAUAAGGUCACUACAUUGGAGCAGAGGGCUCACACUGUACUGGCCAGUCAAAUAUGCACAAAUGAACAUCCCUGGUAACAAGGCUGGGUCGUUUAUUCUGUUCAUUUCCCAACAUUGAGAUGGAGGAUAAAGGUCAAGAUUAGGAAUAGAUUGUGGUUAUGGCAAAUAAACUUGUUAAGUUAUGGUUAGGGUGAGGCAAUCUAGACCCUCAGUUAAGGUUCUCAUCUCCACAUCGUUACUUUGCGCCUCACUACAUGACCUGCACACUACCACCUGCAUCAGCACUGGACAUAAAUCAUGAGGUGUACAUUCGUCCACUAUGAUACUGGCUUGAUAUUUCUUCAUCUCACCAGUGCCUGAAGCAACACACCACCAUCAAUACACACUAGUAUUAAAGGAUUUAUUUUCGUAUUGCAGUGCUGUUUUUGGUCUGAAUGCGCAGCUGUUUCACACUCCGAAUCCAGGAUUUCCCCACUGAAUCUUUAACUCCAUUUGUUAAACCCAAAACCAAAGCAUAGUUAAUCCUGACUCUUUGCUGUUACUCCAAAAACAGAUCCAAUUAUUUAGCGAAUCAAGAUUCGAACAUGUUAGAAGCUUUACUGCUGUGAAAAGAACCACUGAUUGCAAAGACAAAACAAGCCUCUCUACUGCCAUAGACAGUCAAUCAUUUUCAUCAGGAUGAUAUCCUCAUCUUUCUUUCAUCUCCGUAACUAACAACUAUUGUAUACAAUUUCAUGGAUGUACAGGGUAGCACCUCAUUACUGUUUCUUGCUUUAUAUUCUCCAGGAUGAACCAAGAGGUGAUAAGUAGCCUAUUAACUGCAUAUGGUACGGUUGUUUCACUGGAAAAAAGCUGCACAAUUGUACUUACUACUCUGCUAUGUCAAGACUGAUGCUGGUUUCAUGUUGGCUACAAGAUUUAGGAGAAAAAGGGUGUAAAAGUUGAAGGAUUAGUGGAAUGCAAGAGGAUUUUCAUGCUGGAACCAAAAGUUAAAGCCACCUUUAUAUUCAUUGUCAAAGUCAAAAUGUUGUUUUGGAUGCUCAUAUUUUUCUACCAAUAUGCAGGUUACCAUGAAAAGAACAUACAUAUCAACGACUUGGCUUCCAGUCUUGUGCUGGGCAGCCUUUGUUCUUGGGCAAAGAUGGACGUACAAACCAGGAAACACAACUGUGAAAAUCUGAUUCUGAUGUCUCUUUUUUCUAUUCAGUUCAACUCAAGGAACAAAUACUGCAAGAACCUGGGUGUAUAAUCUGUACCACUAGCCAUUCCCACCUGGGUCAUCUCCACUGGCUUUACUCAUUCAAACAAUGUACAUACAAUGUGUGUAUAUACAUAUACACACACACACACACACACACACACACACAUAUAUAUAUAUAUAUUUCAGAUGUCAGGGAUUUCAUGUAGACAUUGGUUUGCAUGUAUUAUGUGUAUGUACAGAAGCCAAAUUUAAUUCAUAUAUUAUCAUGAAUAUCAGCCUGAGUGUAUAAACAGGGGAUGGAGAAGUCCCUUGCAGUGUCUUGAAAUGGGGGUGAUGGAUUUUCUUGUUGUUAUUUCAGCUUCUGACUGGUGGUGUAGGAAAGUGUUUCCAUGUUUUUCUUAUUAUAAAAGGUUUUAGUGGAAAACAGCUUCCAGGUUUGUGGCUUCCCUCGCUGCAGCUGGAAUCUAUUUUCCUUUAUCCCUGUUAAUAGCUGUGGGAGAGGGGAGACUUAGCUGAACUUACAUCCUGAUAGCAAGAUCAGUACUAUUACACAGCCAUAAUAUAAUAGCCAUUACUUUUCACUAUUAUUGUUUAAGCUCCAUUUCCCACUAUGGUGAUGCUGGGCUCCACAGAGACACAAUAAUCCAAGUGGGAAAUUUAAUCUGUUAUGAGGUUAUUGUAUAUGCAGCUUCUAUGAAGGUGACUGUUUCUACCUCCCAAUUAAUCAUGGAAUGUAUCUGUGGCUCUUGUGGCUGAAUUUGAAUUGGAGAUAUACAGCUAUUAAUGUUAAGGAAUCCAAGUAGCAGAAGUGUUUGAUGUGAUUACAGCCGCUCGGAUGAGCACUUUACUGCAAGCAAUUUUAAUUAUGGAAAAAUUAAAGAGCUGAUAUCUCGGAAGUGUGCAUGAAACAGCUGGAGCUGGAUGCAAUUAUCAUUCGUCCUUGCAUCAAUACAUCCUCUGUUGUCACCAGUACAGUGUAAGGCAUCAUAUCAACACUUUUGUUAAACGUGCUAAUCUUAACUCUCUUUACUGUCUGAAUCUGACCUUUCAAGAUGCAGCCUGGGAAACAAGACAAAGACUUUGUUAAUCCCAAUUGAGGCAUUAGACUCUGAAUCAGCAGAAAUUCCUUAUGCAGUAUUUAUAAUGCUUUAUAAUGCACUCACUGAACUCUCUAAGCAUACACUGGGUCUGAAUGAUGUGAUAAAUCCUAUACACACUGCUCUCUAUAUGUCUGUGAUAAUCCGCUGUAAAUAAAGUUAAAUGCGAUCAGAAGGAUGCAACUAGAAUCUGAAUCUUCUGACUGCAGCUGGAAUGCAGAGUCUUUGUGUGAAUCCCUAUUUUCCUUUUGUCUUCAGAAAAGCAAACAUUCUGUCCUCAGGAGAUUUGCAAAUUUAGACUGCACAGUUUUACUCUGGCAUAUGUAAAUAAAAAUACACACACACGUCAGAAGUUUUGCAGACCCUCUCCCCCAGUUUCUAAGACACAAACAAGGCUGAAUGUAAUGUGUUGUACAUAUAUGUAUGUUUGUAUAUCUAUCUAUAAAGCUUUUAAAAUAUUAUUACAUUAUAAUUAUUGAAUUUAUUAUCAUUGUUGUCAGUGAAGUUUCAGAUGCACUGUGAAAAAUGUUUACAUCUUUUGUUGAAAAAAUAUUGAGGAUUGUAUGAAAAGUGUAAAAUGCAUCUAUCCAAGGGCAUAUCAUGUGUUCUGGGAUAAAAUGGUAAGAUAAAUAAAUAUAAUUCAGGAUUCCAUGAA